GUAUAUUCAUGUGUAUUAACUAUAUUAGUUAUCAAUAUACUCGUGCGCGCGCGUGUACGGCGUACAAUAAACAAAAUGGACUUGUACGGAAAAGAUAAAGGCAACGUCAGUUUGCCCAAGCGUCUACAACCUCCCGAUUUUGACGAAACCAAAUUAGAAAACGUCAUCAUCAAUACGCAAACACGUUUUUAUGACUUGAAAAUUGCAGAAACAAUUAAAAGAAUUCAAAGAUUGGAAGAACGAAAUACAGAAUUGGAAGAUACUUUAAAACAUACAAAUCGAUAUAUUAAAACUUUAGAAGAAGAGAAAGCACAAGAAAUAUCCACUUUAAAUUCGCAAUUAUCUUCUUACUUGGCCAGAAUAGAGGAAUGCAAAGAGCAAAUGGGUGCUCUUGAAAAAUCAAUGAUUGACAAUAAUUUUGCUCAUACUGUCAAACUCGGAAACAUCGAUGAAAAAUACAAAAACACGCGGCUUGUGCUGAUUUCGCAACUCAAAUUCUUGAAUGCCAAAAUUAAUGUUUUGGAAGAUUACAAAUCGAAGCAGUAUAUUCUGGAAAAGAAAUUGGAUACGCAAAAUCAAUCAUUGGUUCACGAAAAAGAACAGAUGGCAACAAUCUUACACCAAAUUGAAUGGAAAUUCACGAUUGAUAGAAAAAAGUAUAAAUAUGUGAAUCCCUGGUUUUUCUUUCAUAUUACAAAAAAAAACAUUGAUAUUCACUUUUAUAUUUAAAUGCAAAAAAACACAAAUAGAUUCAAACAAGAAUUAUACAAUCGCUUAGUGGAUAUGGCUGGUGUGUUUCAGCUUGAAACAGCUCAUCACAUGCCGUAUACUAUAUCCAGAUUGCUUUCAGAGAACAUAGCUAUAAACAAUUUAUUAUCAAUGAUCGAUAAAAGCAAGACUUCCAAAGAACAAGCCAACGCGCUAUGCGUAAAUAUGAUCAAGAACCAUAAAAUAAAAAUCGACAAUACGCGUUGUAACGCGAAACGAUUCACAGUGGCGGACAAACUGACAAAGUCUACGAUUGCAAUGUUGCGGAAAAUCCCAAAGAAACCGUAUAUUGAUAAACUUAAACUGAUCAAACCGACAUAUCUCACGGAAGAAGAGUACAUGAUAAACAGAGACAAUGCUAAUCUUGAAGCGAAAAAGUGCGAGGCACGCAUGAAGCAUACGGAAGUUGCGCUUUAUCGCGAGAAAGAGAAACUCAUUAUUGCCGAUUAUCAGAAGCAAUGGAUAUCCGAUCAAAUCCAAAUAC